AUGAAUAGUCGAAUAAGGACAAUAGUGCUAUAUCGAGGUGCAGCUGAUCUAAUUAACACAUCGAAUUCUCAGCCACAAACUCAGCAGCAGCCGUCGAGGCAUCCACUGGGCUUCAGCAUUGUUGGUGGCCUGGAUUCACCGCGUGGUCCUAUGGGAAUUUUUGUCAAAACUGUCUUCGCGGAUGGUCUCGCUGCAAAAAGUGGCCUUAUUUGUAAAGGUGACGAGAUUUUGAGCGUGAAUGGCGUACAGAUGGCCGGCAGAACACAUGCGGAAGCGCUGCAGAUCUUCAAAAAGAACGCAAAAGUUGAUGUGACGCUAUCCGUUCGACGUAGCAUCCCAAAUUCUCCUAAACAAUCCAGAAUGUAUAGUGUGGCCGAAAGAGCAUACAUUGACCAUAAAGCGACGUAAAU